AUGAGAAAUGAUCUCUUAAUAGGGACAGGGAUCCUGGGCUAUUUGGUUUUUCUUUUAUACAUCUAUAUGAAUAUUCUUUCUUCAAAGGCUACUUUUCCUGCAGAAGUCCAUUUCCCUGAUAUCAAAGUGAAGCCAGUUCCUAAUAAAAUCAUCCCACAGCAAGUUCACAUAUCAUAUCAUUCCAUCAAUUCAUCGACCUUAGUAUUCACUCUCAAAGAAAACGCUAAUAAUUGCACAAUCACCUAUUUAAAUUAUACAAAAAAUAUAUCUCAGCCUACGAAUAUUCUCAGAAAUAGCUACAUCUAUAAAAUCAUUCUUGAUAGCUUGCCUGAAAACAUUGAAAUCUCUUAUGAAAUUUCUUGCUGCAAAGGAGAAAACACUUUUUCCAAGUCAUCAAACUUUAUGUCCCAUCCUGGGCUGUCUGAGAAUGUUUCAAUACUAGUAUUAGGGGACUGAAGCACAUCUAAUAUUGGGGAUAUCGAAAAUGAUCAGCAUACUUUAAUACCCAAACAGCACGUAUUAAGUGCUAUUUUAAAAGAAGCAACCCCUUUCACAAGUAUUUGGCACUUGGGAGACAUCGCUUAUGAUUUGUAUAGUAACUAUGGAUCAAGAGGGGAUGAAUUUCUUAAUGACUUGGAGCCUUUAAUUUCCAAAAUCCCUUAUAUGCCUGUUGUAGGAAAUCACGAAAUUUCCGAGAUUUUUAAAGACUUCACCAAUAGAUUUUCAGUUCCUUUAUUCUAUUCUUUACCAAUUGGCAAAGCAACGAUUAUCGCAAUUUCUUCAGAAUUCGACUACUAUUUGAUGAAGCCAGAAUCAUUUCCUUAUGAUCAUGCAAUUUUUAACUAUUUAAAGCAUCAGCAGAUGACCUGGCUAAACGACACUUUAUCAAGUAUAGACAGAAAUGAAUUUCCUUGGGUUAUUGUUAUGGGGCAUAAACCUUUAUAUUGCUCCCCUAACCGAUGAUCAACCAUGAUAAUGAAAAAUUGUGGAAUUCAAGCAAAAGUUAUGAGAGAAACUUUUGAAGAAAUUUUUGUCAAAUUCAAGGUAGAUUUAUAUUUGAGUGGCCAUGUUCACCUAUAUGAAAGAGUUUUCCCAGUGAGUUUUGGAAAGAUGCAUAAAAAUUACGAAAAAGAAGAAAAAGUUUUUAUAAAUCCUGAUGCCCCAAUACAUAUAAUAAACGGCGUUGCUGGAAACUUGGAAAAUACAAAAAUCGUGUUUAAUGUCACUGAUCACCCUAAAGAAUGAAGUGCGCUAAUAAGUGAAAGCUUAGGAUACGGAAUUUUGAAGAUUGUGAAUUCUACUCAUUUACAUUAUAAACAAUUCGCGUUUGGUAACACACAAAAUGACGAAAUUACUGAAGAUUUAUAUUCGCUAAAAAGGCUUGAAGAUUAUUUCUGGAUAAUUAAAAAUGCUUUAUAA